AUGGAAAUAAAUUUUACUCCAAAUCUUUCAAAUUUUUGUAAAUUAAUUUUAAUUUUUCUCCACCGUGGAUUUUUUCCAGAUUAUUUUCUAUAUCCAUCAUCAAAUGUUAGAAUUGAACAAAUUUCCACUCUAUAUAGAAUGGUUAGAAUGGAUUAUGUCAAAAUCAUGGUUGUCCCAUUCUCUGCAAAUAAUUAUUAUUCAAAUAUGGAAUUUAUAAAAGAAUUGGACUCAACAAUUCCAGAAUUAGUAUAUAAAAAAUCAGUAAAAAAAGCUAGAAGUGAUAUGAUAUCACAUAUUUAUGAAGAAUGA